AUGUCGUCAAAGAAAGAUAUGCGCCGGGCGGAUCUCGGCACAAUGUCAAGCACUUUGCCCAUGGCGGCUAUGUUUACCCGGAAUCGCAUGAUCGGAUGGGUCUCAAUCGUCUUUUCGCUUCAGUCCUGGUUGGGUGAAUCCCCAGAGCAAAAGAAGAAUGCGUCUACACCGGCUUACAUGUCGGUCCUCAUGUCUUGUAUGUCCAUCGCUGGUCCCUCCCUCGUUCUUGCAAGACACUAA